GUAUAUCUAGGCUAGGUUUGGUAGGAGAGCCCAUCUAAUUGUUAUGGUUUUUGCUUUAUUUACAAAUAUUAUUGUAACAUUGAGUUUGUUGUUGGGAGGUACUGCUGUACUCACAGGAUUGGUUCAAGGCCUCUCCCAGGAGUUUGCCUCCAUGCUUUUGGUAGUCCUGGUUGGAGGCUUUACAUUAGUUGGAGGCCUUGGAGGAUCAUUUUAUGUUUCCUAUUUCACCUGUGCAACCAUAUUCGGCCUCAUGCUCUUCUUUACUUUUGAGAUCUUCUAUAAUCCGUUUAGGAAUGUGAAGAAUCCAUUUAAUGGAGCUGAAGAUGUUUAUGAUUAUGUCUCAUGUUGGGCUGGACCUGAUGAUAACCAGAACAACAGUUGGCUGACCUUUUACUCCUCUGGUGGUCUCAGUUUUGGAAUUGUCAAUAUUGUUGGAAACUUCGGAGCUGUAUUCGUGGACCAGUCCUACUGGCAGAGCGCAGUGGCAACUAAACCUAAACGAGGUGUUUGGGGAUUUCUAUUUGGAGGGUUAACAUGGUUUGCUGUUCCUUUUGGACUGGCUACCACAAUGUCCUUAGGUUACCAUGGGCUGAGUAGUGCCCAAGGUUCCCCAAUUUUAUCCGAUGGUGACAUAUCAGCGGGUUUAGUUUUUCCGGCCGUUGCCGAAAUAUUACUUGGUAAACUUGGUGGAUAUUUUACAAUUAUCAUGAUGUUGACGGCAGUUAUGUCUACCGGCAGUGCAGAAAUAAUUGCUGUUUGUUCAAUUAUUAUUUAUGAUAUUUAUAUUCCAUAUAUAAAACCAUUUAAAAAAGAUCUACCUAGCGGCCAUUGUAUUCUAUGUGAGAAGCCAUUUAGAGAGACCAGCUCUAAUAAUAAAACCUGCCAGUGCCCAUCUCUAAACGAGUGUACUGCCUGUAUUAAGGAUGACGAAGCUAGAGCCGCAGUAGGUCAUGUAGUUAAACCUGUUUUUCAAUGUAAAAUACACGCAGAAUAUAGGUUUAUAUUUAUAAAUUUACUCUAA